AUGGCGAGGGAGCACGGUGCUUGUGGCGCCAUUGUUGAGGAGGCGGAAGAGGACACGGAGUUCGGAGUAGGGGGAGGGGGAGGCGGCAGCGGAUUUGGAGUGGGGUCGUCGGGAGGAGAAGGAAUGGCGCAGGGAGUGUUCCACUUUAGGGUGAUGACUGACGAGCAGAUGGAGGUCCUCCGUAAGCAGAUCUCCGUCUACGCUACCAUCUGUCAGCAGCUCGUCGAAAUGCACAAGGCCAUCUACGGUAAGCCUUUUGUUCAUCCAUGUUUCCGCUUCUUCUAUCGUUUGAUCUCCGCUUUUCCUCUGGUGCAUUUCAUCUUUUGUUUCUUUGUUCUCUCAUCCAUUCUUGUCUCCCAUCUUUUAUGAUCUUCUUGCUAAAGCGUUAGAUGCUGACUUGUUACAGUUGUUCGAGCCUACUUUGACAUUGAUAGCAUCCAUGUUUUCGUACCCGCCUCCCUUCGUUCGAUUCCGACUUCAUCUGGUUGAAUCGAUGUUUUCACCCGUGAUUUAUACCGUUUCCUUUUCCCAACGAAUGUUCGCGCUGUUGAUUCCUUUUUUCACCCGAAUUGAUUAAACGUAUCCGGAGUAAGCCCCGUAAAUCUGAAUUCUAUUCCUUCCGCUAUCCUUAAUGGCGAAUUUCAUCCAUGUCUGCGACCUCUAAUGGCGUAUAAUUUAAAACAUGAACCGAAAAACUCAUUGCACUGAAAGUACUUCACGAAUGGCUGUCGCAUUUAUGGACAGACCUUCAACAAUUAGUCUAUGUAAACGACUGGUGUAAGAUGCCUAUGAAGGCACCAGUUCUUGGAUUGCUUUAGCCCAUCCUAGUGAGGCAAUCAUGCUAUGACACUGAUUCGAAGUGAGUGUAUCUCAGCAAGAACAUAGGACAGAUUUUUUAUUUAUAAAAAAUAUUUUUCCUAUUCAUCAUUUGUCGCAAGAUUCAAACAACGAAGCAGCUGCGGAAUCAGGAUAUGACUUUUGGCCGAAGGCAUAUUUUCAGGAUCAUUUUCAGACGCAAUCCAAAAGACUUCUACUGCUCAUUGGAUUUCCUUGAGGAUUCGUUUCCCAGGAAUCCUCCAGUAAUUGUCAAUAGAUACCCUUAUGAAAGUUAAAAAUUUCACAGCUCUGAUAGACACCCUGCGUUGUAGAAUCAUGCCAUGUAACUCUACACCGAUUAGUUCUUAGAUGGCUCCAGAUUACCUUGAACAUGCUAACUAAUGUACAAUCUUUAAAAGAUAGCUACACCCACACUCUUUCACGCAGUGAACAGCGGUGUGGUGAGAGAUCCAGGAGCAUGACCACCCUGGACUCUGAUUAGUAUCUCUCUUUUUUUUUUCUUUUUUGGAAUGAAUAAAUACAGUGGAAUUUCCUUUUCCAAGUCAGAUUGAAGCGCAAGAAAAACACAGAGAAUUGAACCCUCUAAAGCACCGUCGGAUCGAUGACUUGGAGGAAGCGCUGGACCGGAUUCUCUCUAUCUUGUUUUUUCAUUGGACGUGCAGACUGUGAAUGUCUUCACGUUUGUGAAUACCGUUGACAUCUCCGAUUAUAAUCUGAGACUUUAGUUUGUUCUCGAACGUUCGAUGGUCUUGGAGUUUUUGAAGUUGCUGGUAUAAGACUCUCAGGGGAGUUCUUCCAACGCUGCCAGUUGAUUACUCUUUACUUUCUGUUCGUGUUCUAUUUCAGGAACUUGUCCCAGAAACCCACACUGUGAUUCCUCAGCCACUCCAGGAGGCCAUAAGAUGGCUUCAAGGCAGCGCUGGAGCCCAACUCCCGCGCAGCUACUGGUUCUUGAGAGCAUAUUUGACCAGGGUAAUGUAGCCCCCAGCAAGCAGAAGGUGAAGGAGAUAGCCUCCGAGUUGGCAAACCAUGGCCAAAUCUCCGAGACGAACGUCUACAACUGGUUCCAGAAUAGAAGGGCCCGGUUGAAGAGGAAGCAGCCAGCCGCAAUGCCCAGCAAUGUGGAGCCCUAAGUGGAGACCCAGAGUAAGUUGCACCAAACCAGGUGUGAAGUCCAUUCCCUUGAAAACCCAUCUCUCUGGAGAUAUCCUCAAACGCGCAGUGUAUAGAAUUGCACCAAACGUUGACCCUUUGUCUCUCUACAAGAAGGUUCUUCCCGAUUCAUCGGAAACGUUGAUCCAUUCCCUUUCCUUUUUUAUCAUGUUGACCUACCGCUAUUCAGGGGCUGAUCAGCAAAUGGGAAGCUCUGAAGCAGCUGGAAGUUAUGAUCCCUUCAACGUGGACCGGUGA